GCUCCCUGCAGAAAGUCGGAUUUAACUCGGCAGAGAGGAAAUGCGCUCUUAAUUGUUUAUUUUAUAUACAUAUGAAAAUAAUUAUUAUAUACACAUAUCAUUUUUAUUUUGUUUAUUAAUUAACCCAAAUCAGGAGGAGGCGGGAGGAAGAAAGAAAACAAAUAAUCCAGAGCGUUGGACCGUGUGGAUUUUUCCUUUUUGAGUUUAUUUUGCCAUUGUCUCAUUUGCAAAAAAAAACAAAACAUUUGUUGGGGGGGGCACAGAUAGAGAGAGAGAGGGAGAGAGUGCAUGAGCAAAUACCAACACAUUGGAGAAUUGCGACUGAAAUAGCGUUUUAAAAAAAAACAUGGAUCAUGCUGCAAUUGAGCAAACGCACUCACAACACGAGCCCAUAAACUUUGGAAUUGAUCAGAUCCUGAACAAUUCGGAGCCAGGGAGUUGCAUGCAUCCGAACCGAGUUGCUGAGUCGGACUACCAGAUCGCAACCAACGUGUACAACUCCCAGCCUGAUGGCUACAGUAAUGCUUACAAUAACGCCUGCAGUAUGGCCGGAUUGCCGGGAUCCUAUAAUGUUAACAUGUCUAUGAAUAUGAAUGUAAGUAUGAAUAUGAAUCUUAAUAUGAACAGCGGGGCCGGGGUGAUCCGAGUGCCCGCGCACAGACCUAUACCUCCUCCACCUCUGUCGGCCGGGAUGCCAACUGUGCCCUGUCUCCCCAGCAUGGGCAACAUGGCAAACUUAUCUAAUUUAACUUUCCCCUGGAUGGAGAGCAGCAAGAGAUUUGCCAAAGACAGAUUAACAGCUGCCCUGUCACCCUUCACCAUGGCCAGGAGGAUCGGGCACCCGUACCAGAACCGCACCCCUCCGAAGCGGAAGAAGCCGCGGACCUCGUUCAGCCGCCUGCAGAUCUGUGAGCUGGAGAAACGCUUCCAUCGGCAGAAGUACCUGGCCUCAGCCGAGAGGGCCACUCUGGCCAAGGCCCUCAAGAUGACCGACGCCCAAGUCAAGACUUGGUUCCAGAACAGAAGGACCAAGUGGAGGAGGCAGACGGCUGAGGAACGGGAGGCGGAGAGGCAGCAGGCAAAUCGACUGAUGAUCCAGCUCCAGCAAGAGGCCUUCCAGAAAUCGCUGACUCAGCCCAUUCAGCAGGACCCCCUGUGCCUGCACAAUGCCUCACUGUAUGCCCUGCAGAACCUCCAGCCCUGGGCAGACGACAGCAGCAAAAUCACCUCCGUGACCUCAGUGGCAUCAGUGGUCUAAGCGACUAACCCCCCAGCGAUCGUUUUGGGAACUUGCCUCUUCUCUCCCCACUGGCAGAGACACUCAAACCCCUCAUACCAAAUAGUGCUGCGCAUUACUGUAUAUUAUUGGCUGGAAUCUUUUCUUUUUAAAACAUUAAGUAUAGUUAUCGGACACACACAAAACAAAACUCGCUAAAAGGUUAUUGCAAUGUGAAAAAAAAAUUAAAAAGGCUCAAUUAAUCAAAAUUUCAGUCUUGCUGUUUUAAAAAUGAGAACGAAUUCAUCCAGUGGGUACAGUAACUGGCUUUUAAAUAGAAGAACAAA